GCGGACCGCGCGCUCAGAGCACAACUGAGAGAGGGCGCUGAAGGGUGGCAGACCCUGUAUCAUGGAUACUCUUUCUGAAGCAAAUGGCACCUUUGCCAUCCGCCUUUUAAAGAUACUGUGUCAGGACAAGUCUGGACGCAAUGUGUUUUAUUCUCCUAUGAGCAUCUCCUCUGCCCUGUGCAUGAUUCUAUUGGGGGCAAAGGGAAAUACCGCAGUCCAGAUGGCCCAGGUACUUUCUUUAAACACAGAGAAAGAUGUUCAUGUGGGCUUCCAGUCACUUCUCGCUGAAGUGAACAAGCCUGGCACAAAGUACUUGCUUAGAACAGCCAACAGGCUCUUUGGAGAGAAGACUUGUGAAUUCCUCCCAACAUUUAAGGAGGCCUGUCUUAAGUUUUACCUAUCUGAACUGGAGCAACUGCCCUUUGCCAAAGACGUAGAGAUGUCCAGGAAGCAUAUAAACACUUGGGUCUCCAAACAGACUGAAGGUAAAAUUCAAGAGCUGUUGCCAAGGAACUCAAUUAGAGAGCAGACCAAGCUGGUUGUUGUGAAUGCCAUCUACUUCAAAGGAAAGUGGGAUGACUAUUUUAACGAAACAUGCACAACGGAAAUGCCUUUUAAAAUAAACCAGAAGGAGGAAAGGCCAGUUCAGAUGAUGUAUCAGGAAGGCAAAUUCAACAUCACCUAUGUGAGUGAGGUGCAAGCACAGGUGCUGGAGCUGCCCUACGAGGGCAAGGAGCUGAGCAUGGUGAUCCUGCUCCCGGAUGAUGGCGUGGAUCUCAGCACGGUGGAAAACAAUCUCACUUUUGAGAAGUUAACAGCCUGGACCAAGCCAGACUGUAUGAAGAACACUGAAGUUGAAGUUUUCCUUCCAAGAUUUAAACUGCAAGAGGAUUAUGAUAUAGAGUCUCUGCUCAAGCGUUUGGGGAUGGUGGAUGCCUUUCAACAGGGCAAGGCUGACCUGUCAGCACUGUCAGCUGAGAGACACCUGUGUCUGUCCAAGUUUGUGCACAAGAGUGUGGUGGAGGUGAAUGAAGGAGGCACAGAGGCUGCGGCAGCUUCAGUCAUGGAGGCUGUAGAUUGCUGCUUGGUGUAUGAAUCGCGGUUCUGUGCUGACCACCCCUUCCUUUUUUUCAUCAGGCACAACACAUCCAACAGCAUUCUGUUCUGUGGCAGGUUCUCCUCUCCAUAGGGGCGCACUUACUGUGCACGGCAGCAUUUCCCUCUUUUGGAAAUGCAUGGCCUGUAGGUGAAAGCCAAGUACUAGAUGAUGGCAGAUUCCUCAUCCCUCUGAACU